UCCACCACCCAUCUACAUGAACAUAAAUAUAGCUGAUCUGAUCAUCAGGAGCACUUGUUCGUCGAUCAGAAGUUGUAGAUGGCCAUGGCCGCCAGCCACAACCACGAGCACAAGAUCGACCAUCUCGAUCAGCCCUACUACGGCCCGCCCAUCCCUCCCGGCGCAGCACCUGGUGCCGCCGCCGGCGUCCACCGGCCACCGCCCCGCGACACGUACGCGCUCCUCUGCCGCGCCUUCCGCGCGCUCACGCUCGUGCUCAUCGCCCUCGGCGUCGUGGCGCUGGUGCUCUGGCUCGUCUACCAGCCCAGCAGCCUCAAGGCCUACGUCGACUCCGCGCAGCUCACCCGCUUCGACCUCGCCGACAACGGCACCCGGCUGCGGUACGACCUCACCGUCGGCGUGAGCGUCGGCAACCCGAACCGGAAGCAGGCCGUGCUGUACCGGCGGCUGGAGGCCGUCGCGCUCUACGGCAGCGAGCGGUUCGGGUACGCGGACCUCCCGCGGAUGCGGCAGCCGCGCAAGAGCACGGUGGAGAUACGGACGAGCUUCCGCGGCCGGGAGGCCAUCGUCUCCGGCGCAGCGGCGGCGUUGUUCCGCCGGGAGAAGGAGGAGGGGUUCUUUGGCAUCAGCGUGAAGCUCCACGCGAGGGUGCGGCUGAAGGUGAUCGUCGUGAACAGCGUCGAGUACAGGCCCGACGUGGACUGCUACAUCCGGGUCCCCGACCCGAGCAACGCGACGGCGGUGGCGCAGGGGUUUGCGCCGACGCAGUGCCAUGUCGACGACUUCUCGUGACACAGCACAGGAGCUGAGAGCAAAGUUUCAGGUGCUACGCCGAUGAUCAGUAGAUCAAUUAGUUUAAUCCUUUUAUUAUCUUUUAAUCCGAGGCUAGCUGAUAACACUAUGUUGUAUAGAAGACCUGAGCAUGCUUUUAGAAGAAGAAAACAAUGCAUCUGAUCAAGACGAACCAUUUGGUACUUCUCCGGAAGCAUCAUUCGAUUAGUUCAGCAACAGCCAACAAUAACUACCAAGACUUGUGCUUGUGAAAUUCUGAACUGAAUUGUGUAUGUGAAACGCUGUACUGGUUCUACUU